UCUCGCCCAUCUGGCAACGCCAUCGCUGAGUGUGAGUUCUUUUUUGUGCUGGUUUACAACAUAAAAGUGCUGCUCGCUCGUCGUUCGUACAAUAAAUAAAUUAAAAUCAUCUACAACCGGGCGGCCAGAGGAGCAAUCGGCUUGCGAGGACGGUCAAAACGGUGGAUUACCAGCCGAUUUCCUGGUUAAUUCCAAAUUCAAAACCAAGAGUUGGUCCAAAGUGCGUGCGAGUGUGUUGGUGCGUUUCGUUUCGCGUGUUUGCCAGUGUGUGUGUGCGUGUGUCGUCGUAGCAGCAGCAGCACCACCAGAAGAAGAAGAAGAACAAGCAGCAGCAGCAGAAAAGGAGCAGCGGAAGAAGAGACGGUAGUCCAGGCCUUUGCCGGAACGGGAAAGGAACCGUAACUUGGGACACACUCGCCCCGACCUGACCCGAAGGGAGAGCGAGAGAGAGUGAGACGCAAAGAGAAAUGCAACAACAACCGGAGUCGGGCGGAGAGGAGAGCUGGCUGGAGGAGCAGUGUCACCGCGAAAUCCACGGCCAGCACGACGAGUUCGAACGGGAGUUUGUGCGUCAGCGUGACAACAAUCUGAGCACCGUGUGGGGAGCAUUCCAGGAUUCGGCCACCGCCGUUGCCCAGCUUUACAGAGAGCGCUCAUCGAACACAUUUUCCUCAGACACAGGAGCCCUUUGGCUGCCCUUCCAGACCGCAGCUGGCACUGUGACAACACUCUACAAAGAAUCAUGUGAUGGUCUCAAACGCACCAGCGACGCUGCCAUUCAGUGUGGCUACCAAAGACGCACUCGCGAAUUGGCCGAUUGGGCGCGCAGCAAAAAACGCCGGAUGAUACGGCGCGAGGAUCUCCUGGCCUAUUUGGCCGGAAAGCCCCUACCGCCAUCCAACUCAAAUCCACAUGCCAAUCGUCGCAGGUCGCCGAAACCGGAGCACCAUCACCAGAGCGGCAGCGGCGGCUCUGGCCUGGGUUUUCACAGCUCCGGACUGGGCCUGCCCAGUGGUCCGCCCACAGCCGCCGGCGGUGGACACCUGCUGUCCGCCGGAGCAGCCGGUGGCCGGCAUGAGGGAUCGGCCGGUGCCCCUGGCGGCGGAAUCGGCGAUGAUUUGCACACCUUCAAGGAGGCCUUGGUUUUGCGUCCACGUGGCCCGGAACUAUUUGCAUUUGUUGCCAACGAGAUAGCGCGCCAUUGCAAGCGUCCCGGCAGUCCCAUCGACGACAAAAUGGAUAUUUGCCACUACAGCAGUAAACGCCAGCGCUUCAUGUAAUCCAACACCAAUGGCUAACCCAGCCCAAAGCAAAGCUCCCGGUCAUCAAAACACCAAUUCACUUCACCUUCUUGAAUCGAAAAAGAAACACUGCGCGGGGAAAUUGUUUGAACGGCCGAAUUGAUGUCAAUGGCUUGCGAAACAUAAAAUGUAAAUUUAUGUUUAGUUUUUCGGUUUUCUAGUGGCCUACCAUAUUUUUUUUUUUAUAAAAAACCCUUUUUCCUCACUCCCUGCACCUACAUACAGCAAAUGUACGUAAAAUACACAAAAAUCACACAUAAAAUUAGUUAAGUUAUGUUUUAGUUGAUAGCACAUAAGGAAUAAGUCAUGCUGAUAGUAAUGACAGCAGAAGAUGUUUAUGUUGAAUACGAAUAAUGCCGCAUAUCGGGCACUAUUACACAAACUGUUGAUCAUUGUCAUCAUGCAUUGCACGAAACGGAGUGGAGAGUUUAGGAGUACGAUAUCUGUUAUAUGCCAGCUGUGCGUCUGAGUUAAGAUUAAGCGAAGCAGUAAUAGUGAAAGGUAUUGUAAAAUGUAUAUCCCCUUUUUUUGCGUUAUACAAACCACAAAUGAAGCUGUGUAAAUAACAAAACUAAGAGACACCACAAGAAAACCGAGACAGAAAAAUAAUGUUACGUAUAUAUACUAUUUGUAUAUGCUACUUAAAAUCGCCUAUCCCGCCUAAUUUCACCCAAUUUUCGAAUCCUAACGCAGCUCAAGAUGCUAUAUCUAUGUGGUGUCUUCCCCCCGAAACAGAAAACUAAAUUCCACCUUGCAAAAUCUAAUCUAAAACGAAAGUAUUUCCAUAACUGAAUGAGGGUGGAUAAAGCGGAAGUGAAGAACUUCGAUCAAACCAUUGCUGUUGAUUGGUUCCAGUUUUGAAUAAAUAGUUCCCCGAAAACUGAUCUCAGGAGAUCGAAAUAUACGUGUGAAGUGGAGCCUGCAAUGCCAAUGGUUUGAUCAAGUUAAGAGGUCGCUAAAACCCAAACGAAAACUAUGAUAAACAAUCUGUGGUGAUUGUAACUUCAAGCUAGCCAGGUUAUACCAUAUACACAACAUCUAUUUAUAUGUAGCUAUGUAUAUGAAUAGCAUACGAAGAUGUAAUAUUGAUCCACGUAGUUCGGCAUAUGGAGUAAUGAACAAUCCGGAAGCAGAAAAUUACUAAAGCAACAUAUAGAAGAAACAGAAUGCUGGCUAAAUUAAUUGUAUAUCGGCGCGAAGUCAAGCGGCAGUCGAGAGUCGGAAAUCGAAGUCCUAUGAAAAUAAUGCGUUGUAAUUAUAUGUACUAAAACCUAAUGAAUUAUU